CGAUACUAUCUAUCUGGCGACCACUGGUACGUGAAAAUCCAUGAAAUCCGCGAGUCGGUGCUUUUACAUAUUUACACAGUGGACGCAUUUAUCUGCAAAAUCUAAGAAUCAUGUCUUCAGCGAAGAUCAUUUUAGCAAUAAUUCUUGUCACAUCAUGGAAAUCGGGUGCUUCAAAAGCUCCAACGUUGAGUCCCUUCAUCCGGCACUAUGAGAUGUUAAAUUACAACUUAGAUGCAGUACAUCAACAGCAUAGAAGAGCAGUAAGAUCGCUAGGGCAACAAAACGUAGAAUUGACAUUUACAGCUCACAAAAGAGAUUUCCACCUGAGGUUAAGGCGAGACACGAGUGUCUUUUUGCCGAGUGUUACGUUGGAAACAUCAAGUGGGAAGGAAGUUCCAGAUGUCAGUUAUUUUUAUAACGGGGAACUUGCAGGGGAGGAAGGAAGUUACUGCCAUGGCUCCAUUACAGACGGCCUCUUCCAAGGAAAGAUUCAUGUCGGGGAGGAGACUUACGCCAUUGAGCCUGCCGCCAACUACUUGAAGGAUCCUGAGUCCCACUCCGUCAUCUACGAGGCCAAGGAUCUGGACUACUCCUCCUUAGGGUCCAGCGGCUGCGGGAUGGUCAGCGAAAUGCAGAAACGCAUGGAGGAGAAAAUGAAAGAAAUGCAGAAGGAGGAGCAAAAACAGGAGGAAGUACAUGACGAUGGGUCAUCGUACUUUUCCCGUCAUAAACGCCAGGCUCCUCUUGCUCAGACCUGUACGCUGUACAUCCAAACCGACAUUGAAUUUUAUAAAAGGUUUGGCGAGAGUAAACAAGCUGUGGUACAGCAGAUCGGGGAGCACGUACAGGCUGCCAGUGCCAUCUACUCCAGAACCGACUUUGGAGAGUACAAGGAUAUUAACUUUGCGGUUGCCAAAAUCAGGAUCUUCACCGGACUAUCUGAUGACUAUCCGUUCAGCAACCCAAAUCUUGGGGUGGAGAAGUACCUUGACCUUGCUUCCAAAGGUGACUUUAGUGCCUACUGCCUGGCCUACACAUUCACCAACAGGGAUUUUGCCAACGGUAUUCUUGGCCUGGCAUGGAUUGCUACUACCGUAGCUGGAAGCACCGGUGGUCUCUGCGCUCCCGAACUCAGCAGGGGAGGCACGACCCUCAACACCGGCAUUGUCACCACCAACAACUACGGAAUGCCUGUACCGCCCCUGAUGUCACACAACACCUUCGCUCAUGAGAUAGGGCACAGCUUUGGAUCCAAUCAUGACCCCGCGACUGACCAGGUUUGUUCCCCGGGGGGCACCAGGGGUAACUACCUGAUGUUUGCCUACGCCACGUCUGGCACUCUGGCCAACAAUGACGAUUUCUCCACGUGCAGCAUCCGCGAGAUCACCAAUGUCUUAGGCUCUGUCUUCACAGGAACGAGCAAGAGGAACUGCUUCGUGUCUAUGUCAUCCGUGACACUGUGCGGGAAUGAAGUUGUUGAAGAUGGUGAGAUGUGCGAUUGUGGUUUUGAGGAGACGUGUGAUGAUCCAUGUUGCAUCGCUCAGAAUGCUGACAAUACCAGGACCAAUGCGUGUCAGCUGAAGGUCACAGCCGAGUGCAGUUCUCAGCAAGGCAAUUGCUGUGACCGUGAAACAUGUACCUUCCUAUCCACCAACGUUGUCUGUCAGAUGGAAGACGAGUGCAGCCUCAGUGCAAACUGCUCUGGCAGCAGUUAUAUUUGUGGCACCGGAGCGGCAAAGCCGGAUCGCACCACAUGUGACGGGGGCAGGAAGUUUUGCAGAAGCGGGGGUUGUUCUGAGUCUGUCUGCAUUAUUAGCAAUCUGGAGGAGUGUCAGUGCAAGUCAGACAAUGAGAAGUGCCAAGUGUGCUGCCAAAAUAUAGGUCAGCCUCAGUCCUGCGUUGCGGCCUCACGUAUCAACAUCGUUGGUCCAGGCAAUACGGUCUUGAACAAGGUCCAUGGAUCCCCGUGUGACGACUACAUGGGUUACUGUGACGUCUUUGACAUCUGUCGUUUAGCCAAUGAGGACGGGCCGCUGGCGGGCAUCAUACGUAAGAUCUUCUACAAUGAGGAGGACCAACUGACUGAUGUCAUUUGGACGUGGAUCAAGACUAACUGGUGGGUGAUUGUCAUCGUCAUUGUCAUCAUGAUCAUCGUCAUGUUCCUUGUGGUUUUCAUCUGCGAGCGCCUCAUCCCGACCACCAACCCCUGGCACAAGGAGAGGGAGGAGAUGAGCCGCCGGUCCAGUGUCAACGUCAGACUCCAGAAGAAGCGUAACCGCGGCAGCCGUUACUACGGCGACCAGCCCAACCAACCCUCCUUUGACCAGCAUCCUGAUAACGCCGAGAGCAGGGCUACAAGGUUCUAAGAUGAUCCAUUAGGCCCCGCCCACUGCGCACAUGCACAUUACCUAUUGCUCACUGUGCUGACACUCCAUUUGAUGCAACAAUAGACUGAUCCAUUUGGCCCCGCCCACUGCGCACAUGUACAUUACUUAUUGCUCACUGUGCUGACACUCCAUUCGCUGUAACAAUAGACUGAUCCAUUUGGCCCCGCCCACUGCGCACAUGUACAUUACCUAUUGCUCACUGUGCUGACACUCCCUUUGAUGUAACAAUAGACUGAUCCAUUUGGCCCCGCCCACUGCGCACAUGUACAUUACUUAUUGCUCACUGUGCUGACACUCCAUUUGAUGUAAGAAUAGACUGAUCCAUUUGGCCCCGCCCACUGCGCACAUGUACAUUACUUAUUGCUCACUGUGCUGACACUCCAUUUGAUGUAAGAAUAGACUGAUCCAUUUGGCCCCGCCCACUGCGCGCUUGCACAUUACUUAUUGCUCACUGUGCUGACACUCCAUUUGAUGUAAGAAUAGACUGAUCCAUUUGGCCCCGCCCACUGCGCGCUUGCACAUUACCUAUUGCUCACUGUGCUGACACUCCCUUUGAUGUAACAAUAGACUGAUCCAUUUGGCCCCGCCCACUGCGCACAUGUACAUUACUUAUUGCUCACUGUGCUGACACUCCCUUUGAUGUAACAAUAGACUGAUCCAUUUGGCCCCGCCCACUGCGCACAUGUACAUUACCUAUUGCUCACUGUGCUGACACUCCAUUUGAUGUAAGAAUAGACUGAUCCAUUUGGCCCCGCCCACUGCGCGCUUGCACAUUACCUAUUGCUCACUGUGCUGACACUCCCUUUGAUGUAAGAAUAGACUGAUCCAUUUGGCCCCGCCCACUGCGCGCUUGCACAUUACCUAUUGCUCACUGUGCUGACACUCCCUUUGAUGUAACAAUAGACUGAUCCAUUUGGCCCCGCCCACUGCGCACAUGUACAUUACUUAUUGCUCACUGUGCUGACACUCCCUUUGAUGUAACAAUAGACUGAUCCAUUUGGCCCCGCCCACUGCGCACAUGUACAUUACCUAUUGCUCACUGUGCUGACACUCCAUUUGAUGUAAGAAUAGACUGAUCCAUUUGGCCCCGCCCACUGCGCGCUUGCACAUUACCUAUUGCUCACUGUGCUGACACUCCCUUUGAUGUAACAAUAGACUGAUCCAUUUGGCCCCGCCCACUGCGCACAUGUACAUUACUUAUUGCUCACUGUGCUGACACUCCCUUUGAUGUAACAAUAGACUGAUCCAUUUGGCCCCGCCCACUGCGCACAUGUACAUUACCUAUUGCUCACUGUGCUGACACUCCCUUUGAUGUAACAAUAGACUGAUCCAUUUGGCCCCGCCCAUUGCGCACAUGUACAUUACCUAUUGCUCACUGUGCUGACACUCCCUUUGAUGUAACAAUAGACUGAUCCAUUUGGCCCCGCCCACUGCGCACAUGUACAUUACUUAUUGGUCACUGAGCUGACACUCCCUUUGAUGUAACAAUAGACUGAUCCAUUUGGCCCCGCCCAUUGCGCGCAUGCACAUUACUUAUUGCUCACUGUGCUGACACUCCCUUUGAUGUAACAAUAGACUGAUCCAUUUGGCCCCGCCUACUGCGCACAUGUGCAUAACUUAUUGCUCACCGCUCUGACAUCAGAGGGCUUUCAGAUGUAUUGAAUUUUUUAAUAGGUUCAGUUCUGGAUCAUCUUAAUACACAUAGACGAUUUGGACAAAUUUUCAUCGACGCCCUUUUCAUGUAAUGAAUUAAAAAGAAGCAAUUAUCCAAUGUUGGACAAUGCAAGGGCCUCGUUUUGGAUGCUAACUUGACAUUCAUCUAUUGUUUCCGUUAAGUUAGGAAAGAGGCGAAGACAGUGUUCCGUCAGCUCAUACUUGAGUGAACAUGAAAGUGUGACAUCACAGCAGAGUGAGCAGACACUCGUGCUGCAAAUUAGUAAAAGUUGUAACAUUCAACUCGGAAAAAAUUGCCUGCAAACAUUUCUUGAUGCCAAAUUUCCUUCCCAUUUGUCUGAAGUUUGAACCAGCCUUUAAAUGAACAGUACAUAGUGGUAAAAAUAUAUAUGACUCAUGAAAUGAACAGUACCAGUCAUGUACAUGUAUUAUUCCAAGUUUUGUUAUCUUUAAAUUCAAAUGUUAUGAUCGGGUGAGGAGUUGGAUUCCCUUUUUUUGUAUUCUUCUAGCUGCUGUAAUCAUUUGAUACAACUAGUUUAACUGAAAUGCCUUCAGAAUGUACAUGUACAUGUACCCUUCAGUCUUUCACAUGCGUAGUGCCUAUUGAAGUUUUUCUAUAUUGGAUUUUUUAGAAGGUGUAUACGAAGCAAUUAAUAUUAUUGAAAUUUUUCUUUAAGAAUAUGCAAUAUGUUACUUCAGGGUUCUUUCUUCUUGUAAACAUCUAGUUCAUAUAUACAGAUUUUUUACUUGGUAAAUAUGGGAUUUUAAGGCUUUUUUAAAGAAAUAAUUGUGUAUUCAUUUGUAAGAAUUUUCGAGGUUUUUGGGCUAGAGCUGAAGUUGAAAGCAAUUUUAAGAACACUUACGUAGAAUUUGUUUAUUUUAAAAUGUGUGUAUGUACGGUGUUCACAGGUUUUGUCAAUGUAGUUAUACAGUAACGUGUGGCUGUAUAAUUCAAAAAGAGUCACAUGCCAUCAACAGAAUAUGUAAUAUUUUUAUAUACUCCAAUUUCAAAAAUGGGUUUGAUUAUGACUAUUAAUUGAACAUUUUGGAACCAUCGAAAUGCUAUUGUUUCCUUUUGUUUAUUAAAAAAAAAUGCACCUAAUAAAUCGAAACGUAGAUUUACAUGUGGUCUGUGAAAUGUGAAAUAAGUUAUGAAAAGCGUCCUUAGACUAGCGGUGCAUUUUGCUUACAUACUUCAACCCUGACAAUUUUAAAAGUAUUUUUUUCUAAAUAAAAAAAAAUAUACAUUGUUUGUCAAAGUUUCCCCAUUGAACUAAAUUAAAAAAUUAACUUUGUUGAAAGUGGAACAUGAAUAAGUUUUCUAGCUUGUAAUGCCGAAAUCUGAUUUUGAUAAUUUUUGCGUGUUCAAUGUAUUGCAGGCUGUAUCUCAAAAUUCUUCCGACUGGUUGUCUGCUGGAGGGUCACAAAUAUGUUUUGAAUGGAAUUUUAAUUUUGAAAAAAAUGCAACAGGGUAAGAUAAAAACGAAGUACUAGUUAAUAUGAAGAAUCUGAUGAUCUGAUGUAUUGUAAACAUGCUUUUUCAGAAGGUACUUAAAGCUAUAUAGUUAUUAUACUUGGAUAUGUUCAUUUAAAAAAAUAUAUAUAUUGAGGCUUUUAUAAAUAUUGAGCUACUUACGAUUUUAUCGACCAACUGUGCUUUCACUUUUUUAUAUCCUAGUAGCAUAUGAAACACUUUCAUGGUUGUAUUCAUCUAUUUUGAUUGACAAGUUCUUUAAGUCUAAAAUUAUGUUGUUUGUCUCUUGUAAGUUGCUGGCAGUGAUGUUAAUCUGCUUGGUAAGUUUGCACUCCGGUGGAAUUUGUAAAUAUUUCUGUUAAAAGUACUGAGUACAUUUGCUCUUUGUGGUGUGUUGUUUUUGUUUUAAGUGACCAAAAUUGCUGAAAAUCUCUAGUAGGGUGCAUAAAAAGUAACCUAGUUUUAGCUCAGGGGCUGUUUUACUUUUUGAGAAAAUACAGAAACUUUUUCGCAAUUUUGUUUUUGGAUUUGUGAUUUGGGUUUCGUCGCUUUCUAUGAAUUUUUACUUUCGAGAGAUAACCAUUUCAGACGGAAUAAUUUCACAGGGUAUUUGGGAGAUCCCUAUCGUCACUUCUAGCAAGCUUUCUUCUUAUAGGUUUGUUUCUGGAUAAUGAACAUGUUCCUAGGUGUUUUUAAAGGAGGGCACUUUGUGCCAUUUCUGAUAUAAUCCACUAAUGUGUGUUCCAUUGGCCACCUGAACAAUGUAUGUUUUUUUUUAAUACAUCAGUGAAUGAACACAAUGUAAUAGAGUGUAGUACAGGGGCUAUGGGCUAUAAAAUUAUUCAGAACUCUAACAUUUAAAUUUCUCAGGAUUUGAAUUAUUCAAAUUUCACAUUGCAGAAGUCUUUUACAAGCCAUUGACUUAGUUUCUGUUUACAAAAACUACCGGAAACUUUCCAACAUUUGUCAGGAGUAUAUUAAGCCUUUUAUUUUUAGUUUAAUGCUUGCUGUUCUACUUCAUUUUUACUUCUUGUAGGCAUUAUAAUACAAGGUGAUAUGUGUAUAUAUUUGCUUUCUCAUGAACUAUUUUGAUAAUAAAGGCUUUGCCAAACCAA